GCGAAUCACACGAACGGGCGUCGCGCCGCUCGAACGAACGCGAUCUAUAGCGCGCGCGCGCGCGAUGUCCUCCCUCAUCACCGCGCGUCUAGCGCAAGAGCGCAAAGAUUGGCGCAAAGACCACCCGCACGGCUUCAUCGCGAAACCGUCGACGAAGAAGGAUAAAAACGGUGACACCACCACCGAUCUCACGGUGUGGAACUGCGCGAUCCCUGGAAAGGCUGAUACGCCCUGGGCGGGGGGAUCGUACCCGCUGCGGUUGGAGUUUGGUAACGAUUAUCCGGCGAAGCCACCUCGAGUGGCGUUCCCAGCUGGAUUCUUUCACCCAAACGUGUACCCGACGGGUAAGGUGUGCCUGUCGAUUUUGAACGAGGAUAAGGGAUGGAAACCGUCGGUGUCGAUCAAACAAAUCUUGAUCGGGGUGCAGGACUUGCUAGAUUCGCCGAAUAUGAGCGAUCCGGCGCAGCAAGAGGCGUACGAUCAACUGCGAAGAUCAAAGGCGACGUACCUGAAGAGAAUCAAAGAGCAGGCGAAAAAGUUUGGAAGCGCAUCUGGGGGGGCUGGGGAUGAGAUCAUCGUGCUUUGAUGCCCGAAACGAGAGAGGACGCCGAACUCUAAAAGUGCACGCGUUUACGUGAGCGAUAGCGCCGAUUUGCGAGAGCGAGAGGCUAAUCAAUAGACAUAGAAGCGCCACGUGGGCACGCGCGUCGUCACAACGUAUCUUCCUAAUUUCGUUCGUCCGUUCGUUCGUUAAUUCGUGCGUUCAUUGUAUCAUUCGUUCGUCUCAUCGUGUAGUCGUUUCAGAAACUGCAUGAUGUCCACGUACUGGGCAGUUUUAAAGGUCUCUUUGUGAGCCUCAAACAGCUGUAGAAUCACGUGAAGACGAGCGCGAUCGGCUUCUGGCGACCAACCUUUCUUUGAGCGCAGAUACUGUCUCAAAUCACGAUAUCGGCGCUCUAAGCCGAUCGGGUCCUCGUAUCGACGAUCAGCCAUCGCAUCACUAUGCUCCCAGGCAUCGCGCAAACUCGUCAGGAGAUCAUCGAUAUCGUAAACCAGAGCCGCCUCAUCUAUGAGGUAUUUUGUCAUUGGGAUGUCAAGAUUUUCGCAAGCUUGAGAGACAAAGUACGGUUGUAACACGAGACCCAUUUCAUCGCGAAAGAUCUUCAGUAAAGUGACGUUCGAUCGAAGAACCGCGCACUCCAUAUGCGACGCGUCUGGCUGCACACCACCUUCGUUCUUCAACCAGCGAAGCAAAUCAGCGCUUCGCGAUUCGCGAUCCGCCGAUCCCCAAGAGUUGAUAAUAGUGUUCACAUUCCUUAGCUCAGGCUUCGCGCCUUGAUCUUUCAAAACCUUCAAGAAAUCUAUCACAGAGUGCUUGUGAUAUGAUCCGUUCGAGAUGAUGUCGUUGAAAAAGUCGUUGAGAAUGAAAGGUGAAGAUUCUGGAAAUGAUUUCGCUGCACAUUCCUCAAAA